AAGAAGCCGCAACGCAGCCAAAGAAAGCGAAGAAGAAGAAUUCAACGUUUCCCGGUAGUUGGAGCGCCCUUAGGUGGCUUCCAAAUGUGUUUUGGAGCCCGAGUUGAAAUAGCAAUUGUGCGGAUUCAAGUGCCAUUUCGCGACUUUACCCAGCCGAAGCACCGUGAUGUUUUCCCCACAUUAGCUGUUGGCUGGCGGCUAGCGUCUUCGAGACUCAUCGCCGUAUUUGAUUACAGUUACACUCCGGACUCACUAAAUGGGUUGUUCGCCGACACAGACAGAGAAAUGGAGGAGGGCUCGGAGGUGAUGGAGAAUAUUGUGUUCCGAGGAGCAGAAUUUGCCGUCAAGGUAGAAGUGGAUAAGGGUGUGCUGCUGGUCGAAAUCUCCGAUUCAAAGACGGCAGAUCAAUGGAAGGGAGAAUUUGAUCCGGCGUACAUUGAAGAUCUCACACGAAAAACUGGCAACUUCAAACAGUUCCCCAUUUUUUGUAGCAUGUUGGAGUCGGCCAUGAGAAAGACGAGUGACUCUGUCACUCUCGACCUGUUGACCUACGCGGACCUAGAGUUGCUGCGGAACAGGAAAGCGGGAGUGGUGGGUCGCCCUCGAGGCCAUCCGCAGUCGUGCGCUCUCACCGCCAAACGUUACCUUAUUCUCAUCUACACGGUGGAAUUUGACAGGAUACACUACCCUUUACCGCUGCCGUACAUUGGAAAGCCGGACCCGGCCGCCCUGCAGAAGGAAAUCAGGACCCUCAGGGCAGAGCUCAGCGCGCUCACUUCUCAGGGGGUCGACAAGUCUGCGGAGGUCGAAAUCCACCGCUUGCGAGCAGAGCUGGCUCUGAUGAAGGAGGAGAAAGAGGCCAUCGGCAAGGUCCUGGAGCGACUGCAGCUGGGCGGACGUCAGGACUGGAGGGGUGGGGAUGCGGUGAGGACCUUGGAGGAGCAGCUGCUCAAGGAGAGGGCCAAGAAUCAACACUCAGCCAGCAAACGAUGCCAGGAGCAGCGUCUCCUGAUGGAGCAGGUGGAUGAGCUGAGGGCUUCCGAGUGCACGCUCCGCCUUCAUGUCAAGAGUCUCACCAAUGAGCUGGCACUUCUACGCAGAGGCAAAGGGACGCCCCUGUCCGGAUGCGGGGAGAUCUGUCGCUUACGCAACCCUGUCCGGGGUCGCUCGGGAUCCAGAGAACGCAGAGGAGACAGAGUGCAAAGGUCAACGGAAAGAGGAAGAAGGGCGGACUCGACGGGGCCCCACGCUCUCGCACGAAGGUCGUCACCUUCGCCCACCGGGUCCCGAGCGCCUCGCUUUGACCCGACUGCUUACAUCCAGGACCGACAGCGCCGGCUGAGAGAAUCCGAACUUAAAAAACAGUUAAAGGUGCGGCGAGACUUAAUGGUGUCGCCGUCGCUGGUGCCCGAGCGUGGGCGUUCCCGCUCCAGAGAGGCUUGCCCUCAGUUGAGUCGCUCCGGCAGCCGAGGUAGAAGUUUGUCCGUGGAGCGGCGAGGGAGCAGGAACUCCUCGGAGAGCUCCUUAGUGGAUUUGGAGGAGAUGACCAAGGCGCUGCUCAGGAGAAGGAAACAGACGCUCAAUGGCCCCAGUGCGUCCAGAGGGAGCCUUAUAGCCCGGAAGCCCUUAAGCAGCACUCCAACAUACAGGAUGAAGGACAAAGAGAGCUCCAUCGACACAGGCGCGGAGCUGUCGGAGAUAGACGCCAGGCUUCAGGCCCUGCAGGAGUACAUGAGGGACUUGGACACAGGACAUUGACAGAUGGCACAGCAUGCAGCCCAACAUAGCUCAUGUGCUGGACUCGACAAGAGCCGAACAGCGUUUGCAGCUCUUGGCGCCAUUUUGUUUCUUUUUCCUCUGCAUGACCCAGAAACACCUCAGACUGCUUUUUUUUUUUUUUUUUUUUUCUGGACCUCAAACAUCAGGAAAUGAAAGCAGUCACCGAAAGUCUCCAGCCUACUUUUUCAUGACUGUUUUCAAAUAUUUUUUUAUUAAUGUAAAAUAGUAUUGUGAAUAAAUGUGGCUAUAAUCCAAACAAGUGGAUUUAACUUAA